GUACACACAAACACACAGAGACAUCGCGCUCACACAUACAACGGCGAACACAAACACACGCAUUUGCACAAACAAUAGAAACGCACAUAGUAAUUCGUAUUCAGUGAAAACCUCUUUGAGCUUGUGCGCGGCUUCCGCGGCGAUUUUCCCCUUCGCGCGGUUUAUUUCACAUUCCGUCGCUCGAAAACUAUCAGCUCCAUCAGUUUUCCCCUCGAGGAUUUCGAAAUACCUGCCGCUUGGUAACUUCGGGUGAUGAUAAGAUUGAUGACGCAGAGUGUACCUUGACUUUCUUGUGAUUAAUUAAUCGUCGGUCUGCAUACUCACCCAAUUAAUGUCUCGAGGUAGUUUUGUGCAAAUGGAAAGCGAGUGCUUGGAAAUGGACCUGAGCACGAGACCGAAGGAGGAAAAUUGCAAGAGGGUGGCGAAGUCCGUGUUUUCCAUUAGGAGUUUGGUUGAUCUGGGCGACAAUGGCGAGAAAAACAAUGAUAUGCACGUACAUGAACCAUCAGUGUCAUCAGAAGGUAACCCAGAUAUAAUGGGAGUAUCAGAGGAGAUAGCACCGAAUGCAGCAAUGGAACCACGUCCAGCAGGAGUAGACCAAAGCGACGGCAGCGACCCAGAACAGGACGAGUUCACGCCUAAGCGGAAGCAGAGGCGGUACCGCACGACGUUCACGAGUUACCAGCUGGAGGAACUGGAGAAGGCCUUCUCUAGAACGCAUUACCCGGACGUCUUCACGAGGGAAGAGCUGGCAAUGAAAAUCGGCCUUACGGAAGCACGGAUCCAGGUUUGGUUUCAAAACAGAAGGGCCAAAUGGCGCAAACAGGAGAAGGUCGGGCCGCAAGGACAUCCCUACAACCACUAUCUGUCUCCGACGUCCGGAGGUCCUGCCCCUUCCGUGGUGGCUCCAUCGCUUCCGAACCCCUUCAACUUACCAUUCGGUCUGCGUAAGCCCUUCGACUCCCUAACCUUCCGCUAUCCGCCUCACGUACUUCCGGGCUACAUUUCGGGGCCGCCUCAUUACCACCGCGCCGGCGCUCCUUCAUUGCUGCCUCCAGCUGUUGGCAUCUACCCGACAACGUCCUUCCAAACCCUUUUGGCCAACAUCUCGGCAGCUCAACGGCCCAAGUUACCAGCCCAGGAAUUCCCCACAUCUCCGCCACUUUCACCAAGUGCUUCCGCUCCAGUGUCGCCCCAAGAUGUUGACAGAAGGAGCUCCAGCAUAGCUUCUUUGCGUCUGAAGGCAAGAGAGCACGAGCUAAGACUCGAAUUGCUUAGGCAAAAUGGGGGAGACCUCAUUAGUUAAUCACCAAUGCAAGUUUCAAGUGCAACCGAAAAGGAAGAGAAAAUUAAUAUAAAAAAACAUGUUAAAGCAAGAAGAAAAUAAUCCUUUGACACUUAAAUACGACGCAAUCCACACAAUCGGAUGGUGUUAUGUGCAUAUAUAAAGUAUAAAAUUGUAGUGUGAUAAGAAUUUUUGAAUAGGCAACGUACUCCGUC